AUGAUGGACCAAGUGAGCAGCCGUGAGCUCGACUCGCGAAGCAUAGAGAGAAUCGUCGAGCAUAGCGCCGCAGAGAAAAGUGACGCUGGCUCGGAUCAGAUGCUUCCAUCGCCUCCAUUCUUGAGCAGAAAUCUUCAAAGUCAACAGAAUCAAUCAAGCUACGCAUCGAAACCUCGACCAAAUCCCGUCACGAGUCCGGUUUAUCAGAGCGGACCUUCUUCCGGAACAUCCUCAACCGAACGAGGAGCAUCUUACCUCGUCGCUCCUCGAUCCCUCUGCGACUCAGAGCAUUACACCGACUCUGGAAUCCACCACACCGAUUCAAACGGCAUGGAAGACGAGCACCUCAUCCAAAACGACCGCGAAGUGCGCCACAUCUUAGGACAUGAGCAGCAGUUCGGAACAUUUGGCCGACCCAACAUGGUGAACUCAAGCGGACGUCAUCAGAACGGAAAUCAGCUCCAGCGCUCUGCUCUCGCCGCGCACUCAGAGGAGAAUCUACAGCCCAUCUUCAAGCCUUCCAAUGGAACGAUGCCUCCUCACAAGUCAGCAACCCAAAGUCGUAAGGCAAGCUAUUCGAACUACGAGCGACGAUCUUUCUGCCCCGACUGGCGAUGUAUUCUCAUGUGCAACAUGAUUAUACUGACGAUCAUAACUGGUGCUUUCCUGGGAUGCUACUACUACGUGUGGCCUGAAAUCGUUGCACCGCUGGUGGAGAAAUCCCAGCCGAUCAACGGAGAAUGGGCCAAGUGGAACGAGUGGUCCUACUGCUCAGCAUCCUGUGGAAACGGAUUCCAAACUCGCGUUCGUUUUUGCGGAAACCCAGCUCCAGAAGACGGUGGCUUGGAUUGCGCUGGACAGGCUCUUGAAAACAGAACAUGCAGCGCGCCUCUCUUCUGCCCCGAUUGCAACCGAGUCUGCGAGCGCGGAACGCUGAAUAAAGAAUGCACCAAGUGCACUUGCGAGGAUCACAAGAUCAAAAUCGUCGUCACUGACAAGACUGGCAACCCGUUGGAGAACGCGCAGAUCUACAAGCUCGGCCACUACGAUAUGCUCGGCAGGUCUGAUCGCCACGGAGAAAUCAGGCUCAAGUCAAUCUGCUCUAAUGGCGACAACCAGCUCUUGGUGACGAAGGAGGGCUUCAACCCCGAACACGUGUGGCCAGAAGUGACAGAACCCGGAAAACCCAAGGAGGCGUACGGCAACGUAGCACUCAAUGUCCUCACUCCUCCAGCAAUUUCUCGUCUUCCUGAAUCUAAGGAGCGAUACGUAGGUCAGUCUUUGAAGCUGUGCUGUUCCGCGUCUAGCAAUGCCAACUCCCCGACAAUCUCAUGGUUCAAGGACAAUCAAUUAAUCAAGCCUGGAACUUGGUACAACGCCACGGAAAGCACGGAUUUGACAAUCCCAGCCGCGAAAUUAGAGGAUUCCGGUCUCUACACUUGCAAGGCCACUAAUCGCGCCGGUACUGAUCUCACCGAAGCCGUACAAGUCACCAUUCGCGACAAGAAACAUGAGCCGUGCGAUUCAACGCCGAAAACGAAGCUCGUCCCAUUGUCCGACGGUUGCGAGCAAAAGUCGAUCGACAUUGGCGAGUGCGCAAACAACAACUCGCCUUGUUUGGAAAAGUCCCAAUCCCUGGACCCCUUCAAAGAGCAAUGCGCCGAUCAGCCUUCAAGCUUUUGCUGCGGCCCUUUGAAGACGGAGAAGAUCGAGGUGACCUGCCGCACGCCUGGAAACGUAUCGAACGAGUACAAGAUCCCUCUGGUGCGAACGAUCAGCUGUGGCUGCGUCCGAUGCUAG